AUGCAGCGCCAAAGAGAAUUCGAUGCUAGAGAACUGGAACGACAACAUCAAGCUGAAGAACUAGAACGACAACGUCAAGCGGAAGAACUAGAACGACAGAGGCGAAGAGAGGAGAGGGAAAUGGAACGACAACGUCAAGCUGAAGAACUGGAACGACAACGUCAAGCUGAAGAACUAGAACGACAGAGGCAAAGAGAGGAGGGGGAAAUGGAACGACAACGUCAAGCUGAAGAACUGGAACGACAACGUCAAGCUGAAGAACUAGAGAGACAGAGGCGAAGAGAGGAGAGGGAAAUGGAACGACAACGUCAAGCUGAAGCAAGAGAACUAGAACGACAGAAGCGUCUGCUGAGAGUAAGGACCGAACUUGAGUCUGCUUCGGUCUUGGGAAGUGGUCAGUCCGCCUCAGUCUUGGGCAGUCGUCAUUAA